AUGACCCGUACCAAACGAAAACACCUACUGCGUGCUCUCAAGCGUGAUGGCCCCCUGCCCCUGGGUGGCCCUGAUCGAUUAACUAUGGGUAACUCCAUCAAUCGUCAGGGUCAUAAGGGGGCUUGUGCGGUCGUCCAACCAGCCCUUAAGACAGUGACUUGCAUCGAUGGACGAUCUGAGAGCCCCCUGUCUCUGGGUAGCACUGAUUUGCUUGCAAGGCGUAAAGCCAACAACCAUCAGGGUUAUAAGGAGGCUUGUGUGGUUUCUCUUCCAAUCAACAAAGAUGCAAGCUUGCCUGCUACCGGCCCCCUACCUACAAGCAGCCCGGACAUCCUCGAAAAGUGUCAGGACAACAAACCUCAGCUCCACCAAAAAAGACGUGCAGUGUCUUCUUCUACGGCACGAGCAAUGUCCCACAGAGUCCACAAACCUUGA